AUGAAAAAAAAACAAGACAAUACAGAAAAUAACGUCAGUUCGACUUCACUUCCAUCAGUCUUGUAUAAAAUACAAUAUCCAAAUUGUCGUACAGGAAUGUUUAGUCUUCGUACACCCUAUAAAAAUUCUUCUGUCAAUGACAAUCAACAACAAAUUUACACGCCUAGUUCUACUCCUACGGUUAUACAUCCGGAAUAUUUACAUGUUAAUCAAAUAACUCAACAAGAUCAACCAUUCGCUCGUGAAUCAUUUCAACGAGAUGCUGAAGUUCAAUGUUCACUUCUAUCUCCGGAUAGUCAUGAUAGAAUUAUUAUACCACGACAGAAAAUAUUUCUAGGAGACUCACACGAUAGUGACUAUUUAGGUCCUCGUUAUCGUGUUCAAUUACAGUUACAACCGACACAUCCAAAUAUUUAUGAAGUAUGGAAUGUUGAAACUCCACCUCCACGAUCAAUUCCAAUAAACAAACCAAAUACAAAUCGAGAACCAUCAAUACGUAUUCGUUCGCCUCGUUUAGUUAACAUACAAUCUUUGAGUGAUGAUGAUUCUGAUUAUGAGGAUCAUGUAGCCUAUGCUUAUUAUCAACCAAGGCCAUCAUACUUGCCAUCCAAUGUACGAAUGGUAUGUGUUAGACAAGAUGCAAAUACAAUCUGUUAUUAA